AAACUUUGUCGUUUGUACUGUACUAUACAUUUGAUUUGGUCUGGCUGCUUGCAAUAAGUGAUCAACUUCUACUUAUAUCUGUAAUAAUUGCUAUAACAUAAAGUAUUGUGAAUAUACUGACGCAUAUUAAGAUGGCUACAAUUGCACGUAAUCUUCGCCCUUAUUUAAAAUACAUUCGUAAUCAAAGAAGAACUUAUGCUGAUAAACCUAUUAGCGAUGAAAUGAAAUUUACUUUUGCUGGAGCUAAUCAGGUGUUUUAUGAUCAAUCUGUAAUUAAACAAGUAGAUGUACCAUCAUUUUCUGGAUCUUUUGGUAUUUUACCAAAACAUGUUCCUACUUUAGCUGUAUUAAAACCUGGUGUAGUCACAGUAUAUGAAGAAGAUGGAUCAGUCAAAAAAAUUUUUGUUUCUUCGGGUACAGUUACUAUAAAUGAAAACAAUAGUGUACAGAUUUUAGCAGAAGAAGCUCAUCCUGUAGAAAAUCUUGAUAGUUCAGCAAUUAGAGAACUUCUUAGUAAAGCUCAACAAGAACUUUCAUCUGCAACAACUGAGCAAGAUAAAGCUGCAGCAACAAUUGCAAUUGAAGUUUCAGAAGCUCUAGUGCAAGCUGUACAAUAAACAUUAAUCAAACAUUAAGUAUGUGUUAAAAUAUUAUUCUUAUGUAAUUAUUAAAUUUUUUAGGAUAUAUAUCAUGUCAUAUGUAAAAAAUAUAGUAAUAUUAAAACAA